CAAGAAACCUUCGUUGUGUUUUGGUCUCGUCGCUACCGUCGUGUUGCGCGUUUCGUCGACUCUGCCGUGUUUAUUUUAUUUGCGUUUGCGUUUGCGUGCACAACAACAAUAACGGCAUCCAACGUUAUUGUUAUUAAAUUGUAUUAAGCUAAUAGAAACAGUGUUCAACACAAUCUCCUUUUUUUUUUGAAACACUUGUUUUUGUUUCCUGUGACCAGACAGCAAAAAAUCAUACGAUUUGGCUAUCAAAAUAUACAAAUACUCAACCGAACAGCAGCACGGUGGGUGACACAAGUGCGUUUUGCGUUUGCGUUUAAAUAGGGGUUGCAAAUUUUUCCAACACAGGUGCGCCUGUGUAUGUGUGCGUGUGUGUGUGUGUGUGUGAGUGUGUCUUAGAAAUAGCGCAUAACAAAAACAAACCGCAGUACCGACAGAGCCUGCCUUUUAAUUGAAUUGCUCGCAACAUAUUUAUCUGAGCCCGCUGUCAAGACCGCACACCGUACAGCCCCCGCGCCCCGCCCCUCAACUGCGUGUGCCGCGUGCCAUGCGUGACCUCGGCACCAAAAUGGCCGAGCUAAAAUUUGAGGCUCCAUUGGCAAAGUUCGAGGAGACGGACGAGUGGGGUGGCUGCGAUUUUAUUUCCAAUCAGAAUGCGCUCAACGAUACGCUAAAUCUGAACCUGAGCUCUAAUCGGAAUCAAAAGGAUGGCAACGCCAAGCAACAGCAGCAGGACAAGCUGCGUCUGCUCGAGGAUGCGGUGCGUGAUGCGCACAUCAGCAAAAAUGGCGGAGGAGGAGGAGGUGGAGGCGCCGGUGCCGGCAACAUAAGCCCCAAUUGCAAUACGCACAAUCUUGGCGAAUUGGGCCUGGCCGAUAUGUCCGGUCCGGCCGGUGGCCAGGAUAAGCGCGGCGCUGACAAUGUGGACAACUUUACAGAGACUUUUGGCGGCAGUCUGGAGGAUUUGGUGAAUACGUUCGAUGAGAAAAUAACCAAAUGCUUCGGCAACUACGAGGAGAACGUCGAGGAGCUGGCACCGGUUCAGGUCCGCAGCCAGGAGGAGAUCAUGAAUGAAUGCCAAAUGUGGUGGACCAUAACUGGGAACUUUGGCAACAUUCUGCCCAUCGAUUGGUCCAAGUCGUAUACACGCCAGAUGCACAUGCCGACCCUCAAUCUGGGUCAAAGCCGAACAAAGCAGCAGCAGCAGCAGCGCAACCAGCUGCAACAGCAGCAACAACAACAACAAAACCAACAACAACAACAGUCCAACACGCUGGAUGCACAAACGCCAGUGGAUGAGUUCAACGACUUGGCCAGCGAGGAUGAGGCGGUGGCCAACGACUUGGACAUGCAUGCCUUGAUAUUGAAUGGCCUGAACGGGGAUGCCGACGAUCAUCCCAUCAAGACGGUGGAGGAGGUGAUUAAGGAAAUUGAUGACAUCAUGGAUGAGGCCGAGAGUCCGCUGGAUGAGCCCGAGACCUGUGAUUCGGAGGUCAUUGAGAAGGCGCGCGAGGUGCUCGGCGCUCCGCUUUACGCAGAGAAAUUACAAUAUCUGAGCAGCACACAGCUGAACGAGCUGUAUAUGGAAAUGGAGAUGCUCAUCCAGGAGCUGAGCGAGACACUGAUCAAUGAGCUGGCGCUGCGCGAUGAGCUCGAGUACGAGAAGGAGCUGAAGAACUCCUUCAUAUCCUUGCUGCUGGCAGUCCAAAAUAAGCGUCGACAAUACCAUGUCGAGAAGAAGCGCGGCAAAUUCCAAGGUCCGGAGCCCAAGUACUUGACCACUGUCAUACCGUAUCAUCUGGAGAACGGCACACCCAACAAUCAGUCGCUGCAGGUGUUGAUCAAAAUACUCAAGGCUAUAAAUGAGGACAGUCCGACGGUGCCGACGCUGCUAACGGAUUACAUAUUGAAGGUGCUCUGUCCCACAUAAAUGACGGCAACAGCAACAACAAAAACAACAACAACAAGAACAGCAACAACAACAGCAACAAUAGCUACAGCAACAAUAUACGCUCUAUCUCUUUGUCUGUGUUUAAACGAGUAUAUAUUAUUUAAUAAUUAGUUUAUAUUACUUAUAAAUGUGUAACACAUACGAAUAAUAUAUUCGAUAUGAAAUGAGCAAAAAUACGCGCUAACACAAAUCCAAA